AUGGCAAGUAAUUGUGAUGAGACAUUUGUGGGAGAAGAACUACAAUAUGUGAGGGAAAAAUUAACCGAAAUUGUUGAAGGAACGGAGAUUAUUGCUUGUCACUUCGCGCUUGUUCAAGUGAAAGUAAAGUAAGUUGAAUUCAUUUAUUUUGUGAUUUUAAUUGCUCUUUGUUUUGUAUGCUGUGUGAUUUUAUUAGUCUUUUUGGACAAAAAUAUACAAUUAUACAAUUCAUGUGUCCGUCUAGAUGGAUUUCUCUAGUAUAAAUUGUGUCAUUUUUGUCUGGUUUAAAUUGUUACUUCAUUCUUUCAUUUACAGAAGGACAAAAUAUAAACAGUUGACUGUUCAUCUUCAGUUUCCCAAAGAUUAUCCACAAAGUGGGAUUCUGGUUGAACUAAAGAGUAAAACUCUUCCUGAAAAACUGUUAAAUAAAUUGGUCAAUUUCUGUGAUCAGGAGAUGAAGAAAUAUAUUGGGAAACAACAGGUGAAUAUUAGCUUGAUUUAUGCUAGAGCUGGACGUACAAAUAGACUAAAGACUCGGACAUACAGAUAGACUGAAGGCUCGGUCAACACUACACAAUGAUAACAAUAGGAUAAUUUGUAAACGCGCAAUGAUUGGCAAGAAAAUUAUGUUGGUGUCCACACUACAACGAAAAUGAUAAAAUUAUCGUUUGACAAUAACGAUUUUAAAAUCGCUCACCCAACGGUUUUUUUCAUUCGGGCAAUAACAAUAAAUUUUUUACCAAUCAGUGCGCAUGUACAAGUUAUCGUAUCGUUAUUGUUGUGCAGUGUGACCGGGCCUUAAGAUACAUACAGGCAUAUAUAGAGACACAGAAUAGAGACCAUACAGAAAGCUGACUCAGCCAUAAUUCAUCAUCAAAAUGCACUCGCCAUUUUCCUAUCCAGUGUGCUUAUGAGAGGCACUCACCCCCUGAACGUCUGCCAUCUUGAAUAUUGUCAGGGGGGUGAAUGCCUCUCAUAAGUCCAUUGACUAGGAAUAUGGAGACAGCAUUGCACCAAAAUCAUAGGCCAAACCGAGAAAUCAGCCUUCUGUAAGGUUUCUAUUCUGUGGAGAUGUAUUACAUAUGGACAUAAUGCGAUGAAUCCCUAAUUUCAUGUUUUUAAUCAUUUUUAGAUUGUUCCAGUGAUAAGUUUUAUUAAAAAGUUCCUGGAUGAGAAUGCAUUCUGUGUUUGCUCAGAAGAACUGAAUCAUAUAAAAAAGAAUAUAAUUAAUACAGAAAAUGAUGAAUUUAAAAUAAAAACAAAAAGUGGAAUAAUUACUGUAAAUAUAAAUCAAGAUAGGUAAGCUUUGACCAUUUCACAUUUGGAUCUCGAAAUUGUUCCCAUCCAGUCGAUCUUAACCCUUUAAGUGGCAAUGUACCCCGAUCGGCCUACUUUAGUAUUUUACUCUAACGCCAGACGAUUUUACUCGUUAAGUGGAGAGUGCUGCUCCCAAUGGGUCAACUUGUACUCUUUGGAACUUACCUAUUUCUGGAAACUCCUCUUAUGCUUGCUAUAUUUAUGUAUGUGGUUAGUUUGUUUGUUUUUUGUUACCUUGUUGAGUAACAAUUGUUCUUCUUUCAAUGAAAUUUUUACAGAUUUAAUAUGGCAUUUAGGAUAACAGUUCCGGACAAAUACCCUGCUGAAGCAGUCAGGUAAAUUCAUGAUUCAUUUUCAUUCAUCGACUCUUCAAUACCAACACUUUAACUGCUCAAAAUAAAGUCUUGAACAUGAGCAAUUCAUGCACUUAUUUUCUAUUUUAGGAUAGAAGAAACAGGAUCAAACUUUCCUUCAUAUCUAAGAAAAGUAUUUCUAUCCCAAGCCGAAGAGAUCGCCAGAAGAUGUGUUAGUAAACCUUUAAAGAAAAAUCCUAAGGCUCCGCCAUUUGAACCUAAGCCAUCACUUCAAGAAGUUUUUGAAUAUUUAGUUAAUGAUUGCAUCAGACGAUACCCGACUGAGGUGUGUCCGUUGUGUCAACAGCGAACUUUACCAGAUAAUCCUGAGGUAGGUGUGGUGGUAUCAUUUGUAUUCCAGUCAAAUUGUUCCAGUAAUAUUGUAUUAUUAUUAUUGAAGAGUACUACUUUAUUAGAAACUGUAUUUCAUUUUGACAGCAGUUCACUGAAAUCCCAGCACUAAGAGAUAUUUCUGAUAUUUCUGUAGGAAGUUGUAAAAGAUCCGUCAGACCCAAACCAUCUUGAGAGAGUAUAUUGUUCACAUAUCUAUCAUUUUGGAUGUCUUGAUAAAUACAUGAAAACUCCACCUUUUAAAGGUUAGUUUUUAUUUGACUUUUCCAGGAGAGAAAUUUAUUAUAAAUCGAGGUAUUGUCUUCUCAAUAAGUGGUGUGUAAGUUACGUCACCGUUGCCAUGUUGGAUGACAUUGACAAAGAAUUUUGCUUGUUUGCAAUGUAAAUAUCCAACAUGGCAAAAAUCUCUUUGUCCUUUGGAUCCCAUGGGAGUGGUUGCACAUCACCUAUAUGAAUAUGUGUCAACUGUCAAGGCUCAUUUCCACUCAGGAAAAUUUUCUGCGGAAAGGAAAUUUUGUAAAAUGUGAUUGGCAACACAAAUUUUCUGUCGACAGAAAAAAAUUUUGAAGUUGAAAAUUUUCAACUUUUAAUUAAUUACAGUCGAACCUCUAUUAAGCGGCCACCCUCGGGGAUCGGCUUUGUGGCCGCUUAAUAGAGGUGGCCGUUAAAUAGAGGUACGCAAAUAAUAGACCCUGGGCGCAGUCAAAUCUUUUGAAGUGUAAAGCUUUUGAGGUGUAAAGUGACAUGUGCAUGUUAAGCCUUAUUUUACAAAUAAAGCAAAUUAGUUCGACUUUUAUUUUCGGCUCGGCUCUCCUGACAAGGUGUUGCACCAAGUAGGCUGGCCGCUUAAUAGAGGUAAAAAUUGACAUAAAACAUCAUUUGGGACCGCUCUUUGGGUGGCCGCGGCCGCUUAAUAGAGGUGGCCAUUUAAUAGAGGGAUAGUUUAUAGUAUUUGUAUUACAAAUAUUUCGGGACUUCAAUAUGUGGCCGUUUCAUAGAGGGUGGCCGCUUAAUGGAGGGCCGCUUAAUAGAGGUUCGACUGAAUAUAAACAAUGAUAUUUUUGGGAAAUUUUCUGUCUGUGGAAAAUUUUUAAAUCUUGUUUAAAUAAAUGUUUUUGAUUAAUUGAUUGCCAUAUCUAUUUUUCUUAUGUGUCUUAGAUAAAAAGUGCCCAGCAUGUAAAAGUGUAAUUUAUCAUGAAAAAUGGAACGCUACUCCUAAGGUAGCAGAGGAUCGCUGGGCUCAUAAACAAGCAAAACAACGAGAACUUGAAGAAGUCGUCGACUUCCUGGCCGAUUGA